AAAAUGAAUAUAGUCAGUCCUUGCUAUUGCAUAAAAUGACAUUGCUGAGCUUAGUUGUAGUUUUAAAUAAAGAUUAUCUUCACAUGCGGCACAUACCAAUAAUAACAUGCACAGUUAAAUAACUAAGACAUAAAUAGCAUGCAAGGAAAAGAGAAUAAAUUAGAAAAUUAGAAUGAAAAAAAUGGAGUGAGUUCAAGGGUGUGUGUGCAUGUUUAGGGACAAAGAGCUGCGUUUCAUGUUAAUAAUAAUAGCUUUAUUUGUAUAGCAGUUUUCAAUACAGGUAACAAAGUGCUGUACAACAAUCAGUAUAAAACACACAAACAAAUCAAAAUAAAAGUUAACAUAAAAGUAGGCAUCACACAACAAACUUCUUUACAAAAAUUUGUCUUAAGAAGUGAGAUAAAACAGGGAACUGAUUCUGCAAUAUCAUUAGAUGUAAUAAAAUCGUUGCAUAAUAAGGAUUUGUUGUUUAAAGACCUUACAUUUAAAAGGCUGAUUUUUUCAGGUAUGCUUGGGAGAGCAGAAGGGAGAGGGUUAAGUUGGAUGUAGAUUAAGUUACCUACAUUAAUUUUUCUGUCAGUGGGGGGCAGAGUAAAGUUUUUUGGUCUACUAUAGUUAAUUCUGACAGGCGGGACAAGUCAAUCAUAUAAAGGAACAUAAUUAAAAGAGGAAGACAGUCCAUACCCCUGGGGAGAGGGGGGAUUUUUACAUGUGCUAGGUAACUCCCCAGUGGAGCCGUUAUUAAUUAUAACACGGGUAAUAGAGAUUGUUUCUGGAUUGUCACAAGAAUUAUUUGGGCUGUAGGGGGAGCUGGUGGUACAGACUGGUGGUGAAGAGGUCACUGGGGACGAAGAGGAGCAAUUAGUGACCAGUGUGUUGUCCAGGACCGUUGUGGAAUGAGUAGCGGUUAGUCAGUGGCGUGAGGCUGUAGUAACUGCAUAGAAAAUGUUUGAAAGUGCUUUUGUGCCAUGAAAGCAGGGGUGGAUACCAUCUCUGCUAAAAAAGGAGGCUCGUUCCCAAAAAAGGUUACAGGUUGUGUUAAAGUUUGUGUGUGACUUGUAAUUGCAGCCAUAUUAUGCUUCUUUAUGAAUACACAGGAAAUGCAUGUGUGAUUCUUGCAUAUGAGAAAAUUUUUUUAUGUAAAAAAUUUUCAUUAAACGACACAUGGUGGAUCUGACACAAAACAUUGUUUUCUGUCAUUGAGUAUACAUUCGUUCAAAAUGUCAAGAAAGUGCAGAUUAUUCUAAGGGAUUGUACUAUCAAGUCCUAUUCGCUCAGUUGGAGAAAUCCAAUGACUGCUGUGAAAGUGCAGCUGACAAUUGGGGAAAGACCAUGUGACAACAUGGAAAGACAGCUGACUGGAGGAAAAGACCCCAACGGGAUUGUCAUGGACUAGCUAUCCAUGACGGCAGGCUCCAUCGCUUUGAUUAGUGAACAGGAGUCACCCCAUAUGGCUACAGAAAAUUCAAAAAGGAAAAUACCCCUUGAGUCUGCAAGAGGGGGGGGUCGGACGAUGACUCAUCGACUGACAACAUGGUAAUCAACCCUGGCAUGAACACGACUGCUGCGGGACAAGAAUUCCAAACAUGCAGCUGCGGCAGUGUUUGAAGAAGGUGAGGCCGAAGUCUCACAUUGAUAUUUAUCUCUUGAGGAAAAGGUCAAGUCAGUCGAGUGAAACACAGUGGCAGGACACAGCCCAUCGUCCACCGAGCAUCAAUAUUCCAAAGGGCGAGGAGGAUAAUUUGAGCACAACAUCUGAGAACCUGGAACCCAGCCAGACGCAGCCUGCUAUGGAGAAGAACAUCCAAGACUACAGACAGAGUGGAGAACAGUCAAUGCAGACCUGAGCAAGGUCCUGGACAAACUCAGAGGAGCAGCAGAGAAGAAGCUGGAGAAAAUGAACAAUCUGAUCUACUCAUACGGGGUGGAAAGGUUCGGAGCAAAAGAGAGAGGAAAGAAGGAAACAACAAUCCCUCCCAGGUCCAGCAGCAAGAAGUCGUGCACCUGGUCAAAGAGAGAAGGCACUUGAGAAAACAAUGGAAGAAAUCCUCACUAGAGGAGAUGGCAUAAAACUCCUGCAAGCAGAUCCAAAGGAACAACUGGGAAGACUGCGGAUGGCAGAAAACAUCAGAACUCGACGCAAGCAGGACAGACCAAGAAUAUCCUUCUACAAAGAUCCCUUCAGAUUUGUGAAAGGUCUCUUUACAAAGGAAGAUAGUGGUCACAAGAAGGAGCUGGUAGACCACCUGAAAGCAACACACACAGCCAGAGCAAGAGACAUGAGCAGAGGGUGAUACCACCAGACAUGCCACCCAUUCCUCAGCCAGAACAUCAGUGGGAUGACAGCCCUCCAAGGUGGAGCGAGGUCGAGAAAACUGUGAGAAAGGCAAGGGCAGCUUUAGCUCCCAGACCAAAGUUUCUGGCACGCCAUGUUUAUGAAAAAGAUCAAGAUCUUUCAAAGAUGAAAGAAUUUUUUUUCUCAAAAAGUGUUUUUUUGAGGAAAUGGCUUCCAAACGGCAAAUGGGCUACAAGUGUCGCAUAGCAGGAGUGGUGCUUCUCCUCUUGGCCAGUAUUGCUGCCCUUGUUGCUGUUGCCAUCAUCCAGGACACCUGGAAGUCUAAAGAGUACACCUUAGAGUAUGGUAUAGUGAUAGACUCGGGUUCAUCUCGUUCCGAUGUGUACCUGUAUGAGUGGCCAGGGGAGAAGGAGAAUGAAACCGGAGUGGUGACUGAGAUAAUCAAGUGUAGAGUUGCUGGUGAUGGUAUCUCAGAGAUGAAAGUUGACCCACAGAAAGAUGUUGCAUCAUGGAAAGGAUUCAAAGACUGCAUGGACAACAUCACCAAAGCCAUUCCUGCUGAAAAACACAAAACCACACCUCUCUUUCUGGGAGCUACUGCUGGAAUGAGACUGCUACAUGAGAAGGAUAAACAGAGGUCCAAUGAAAUCCUGGCAAGUCUCAGUGAAUACCUAAGUUCUUUGCCUUUCACCUUCCAAAAUGCUUCCAUCAUUUCUGGUCAAGAAGAGGGGCUUUAUGGGUGGAUCACUGUCAACUACCUCAUGGGAAACUUCCUAGAGAAAAACCUAUGGAACACCUAUAUACGCCCAGAAGGGGAAAAGACUGUAGGGUCCAUGGACCUUGGUGGAGCAUCAACACAGAUUGCCUUUGCAGUCCAGGAUGAUCUCAGGGGGGCUGACUACAUGCAUGUCAAACUGUACGGUUACCCUUACAAUGUCUACACACACAGUUUCCUCUGCUAUGGCAAAAAUGAGGCUGAGAAGAGGGUUCUGGACAAAGUAGUCCAGGAAUCAUCUGACCCAGCCUACAUUAUUAACCCCUGCUACCCUGAAGGUUUCAACAUCACCAUGAAUGCUUCAGCCAUUUAUGAUACAGAGUGCACACAGAAGCCAAAAAGUUACAACCCAGAUCAAGAACUCUUCAUAGUGGGAACUGCUGACUCAGACAAGUGCAGGAGCAUAGUGAAGUCCAUGUUUGAUUUUAAGACUUGCUCCUCAUCCCAGUGUUCCUUCAACGGAGUCGAGCAGCCACCUGUCACUGGAGAUUUUAUGGCAUAUGCAGGGUUCUUCUUCAUUGCUAGGGCACUGCAGAUGAAUGGCAAAUCAGAUCUUGAUCAAUUCAACGCCUCAGUUAGGAAAUUCUGCCACACACAUUGGACAGUGCUGAAGAAAGAAAAGAAAUCGAUCAGUGACAGAUUCCUUAGGACUUACUGUUAUGGAGGUCACUAUGUCUUGACUUUGCUGGCAGAUGGAUACAAGUUUGACAAAGAGACCUGGAAAAACAUUAACUUCGAAAGAGAGGUAAAGAAAACCAGCAUAGGUUGGAGUUUGGGCUACAUGCUGAGUAUGUCCAACAUGAUCCCGUCUGAAGUGAAAGAGACACCCCCCAUGACAAACCCCAUCUUUGCCGGACUUAUCUUUCUAUUUUCAGCACUAACCAUUGUAACUGUCGUCUUAGUUUUCAUUAUCCUCAUUCGAACCUGCUACUGAGAGUGCAAGUUACAAAGGGAAUGAUCUGCCAGUGUAAGCCUUGGGGGCUGCUGUAAUUCUGUAAGUAGCUGGAGAGCGCUACAGUAGUUAUUAGAGUUUUAGAAAACUGACGUCAGAGCCUCAAAAUGAAAACCUCUCACUGUGAAUCCUGCUGGUGUGUUUGAGUCUUUGAGCAAGCAUCAGAUGUGAGACUGGUUUUAUUGAGAAAACACCUCUAAAAAGUAUUAAAACACUUUUUUUUAAUUUUGUACCUCAGGGAAACUCACAUUUAAGUAAUGGGAUCUUUUUACAUUCAAUUUUCGAAGCUCCACCAAAGUUUUACAGGCAAAAAGGGAUACGAGGGUUACCUGGAUAGCGCACAAAUGAUGAAAGAGCACACACUGUGUAAUCUCAAUGUUGUGUAAUCUUAAAAUGAGCAUUCACACUUGCAUGCUCACACACACAUGGACCCUCAGGCAAAAGCAUGAGCUAUUCCCUUAUGGAUUGAUAAUGUUUUUUUCCCUGUAUUAUACAUAUAAUUGCACUGAACUGAUCUGCUUUACAUACAAAAUGAUAGCACUUUGCCAUGCCUUUAUUGUAGUGUUUCAUAUUGUGUAUGAACUCAUUGAAAAUCAGAAGUACACAACAAUACUCAACAUUAACUGAAUGAAAACCUCUCUGAUAAAUAAUGUAUUGAAUGUGCAAUGUUCCAUUGUUUCAUUAUGAUUUUGCAAACUAACUACAUGUUACAUGAAGUCAUUUUAUUCAUGGUCUAUUUGCAAACAAUUAGUAGAUUUAAAUACAAGAUAUGUUUUUGGGACAGCAGCCAACUUGUCACUGAAGUACAUUAUAUUUAAAUUCUAACCUUGUGUUGUUCCAACCCUGGGAAGGUUUUCAUUCUGUACUUAAAGAAAAGAGUAUUGUUGGAUAAAUAUUAGAUAUACAUAAUUGGUUACAUCAGAGGUUAAGGUGUUAGAUAAGUCAGUUUGAGGAAAGUACACCAGAUAAUUAAAUAUAAUGGUGAGGAUAAGUCCUGUCAACACUGACAAUCCACACAUGUCCAGUUUUCACUGUAAUCUAUACUUAGUGUUGUUUAUAUAUUUUGAAAGAUGUGUGAUUGUGUCAAUAUGUAGCCUUUGAUGAAAGAUUUAUUCUAAUCAGCAGAGAUAGUUAAAGCAUUAAUGACACAUUUGGUUUUGACUCCAUUCAGUCAGCAACAGUACCCUUUUACCAACGCUGAGAGGGAGCAAUGAAUCUGACUGACUGUCUGAGCUGUGUAUGAAACACACUUGUUAAGAACAUCCAAAACAUUUAAUUGGUGGGUGCCCGGCAAGUAUUACAAAAUAAGAAAUUUUCCCAUUAUUGUACUGUCCUUGUUAUGGUAUUGUUAAAUGAGUGAGUUUUCUCAAGAUGAAUUACAAAACAUGUCAUUCUAUAGUAAAAGAAAAUGAUUUCUUCAUAGGGAUAUCCAACAUAAUUUCUGACUGACAGUAUGAAUAAAAACAUGUGUGUGUUUGCAUUUUUUGACAUUCUGUAUAACAUGGUACUCUACUUGGGUAGCUUUUUCAGUAAUAUUGUUGUCUUAUGCAUGAUUCUCAUGUAAUGCACUGACUGUAUUAGUCCUAUUUUGAUAAUAAUUUUCUCUCUGUUCAGUAUAUAAUAAACAUAUCUACUAAC